UAUGGGAUCGCCUGCUAAGCUGCCGCAACCCGUGAGAGAAGAGAAGGACGAGGACCUCGUGGUGAGGAGCAAAAAAGGAAGAGGGGGGGAUGGGAGGGCGGGAGCGCACCGAGAUAUACCUGCGAUGGGCUGGCCGGGGCGCUCCGUACCUUAGCUGGGGCCCGGGUCCCAGUGGCGGCCCACUGGCACAGCGCUGUGCAAGUUGAAGCAACAGGCACUCGAUCGCUAGCAGGCACCGCCCAGCGCUAAAAGUGGAGGAGCUUCUAGCCUUCUACAAGCAGAGGCCCGCUCCGACAGCGCGCUAUAGCAGGCAGCUCUGGGCUAGGGCUAAUACUUGGUAGUCGGCCGAUGCAUCAUGCAUAAUGGCUGUCUUAGCGCAUGUCGCUUCUGCUGCUGCUGGACUCUGGAGGCUGUGCUUGCAUGCAUGAUGAGGGAUCUGCCCUGUGCAUGCGAGGAAGAAGGCCUGCGCAGCUGAAAGCUGCAGAGCUCGUACGUACGUACGCCACACUGUCCGAUUCCAGCUGCCGCACCAAGCCGCUCGUACCUGCGCUCGUACCGGUACGCGCGCCUGCCUCCAAUCCAGUCUCCCGUCACUCCAGUCUGCUCUGCUCUGCUCAGGCAAGGUCAUGUGAGUCAGUUGCUUUCGCUCCUGAAUCUGGGGUCAUUGGCGCAUUCACAGAUCCGCCGUCACCAUCAUCGUCAUGGCGGCAGAACCAAGCCCUGGUCGAGGCUCGUGUUACUGACAACUUGGCCAAACGAGGGCUGGACCGAGCUGCCGUUGGCGCUUAUUUAGCCUUUGAUGUGUCUGCGUACAGAUUGACUGACUACGGCCGAGACAUCCGCAGUGUCACCAUCCUAGAUCACCACGCAAUCGACCAUUCAUCAAUCUUUGGACUCAUGUGCGGCUCUGGGAUUCACGGGCAGGGUCGCACGGGGGUAGACAGCUUGCAGAUGAAUGAUGCAUGCCUUUUGUCCGGUUGGUACUAUCGUACCGCAUCGUCUUGCAGCCACCAGGGACGGCAGACAGACCCUCUGCGAGCAGCAAAUUGGCCUGCAGCCCAUGCAGACUUCUGGAAACGACCACAUGCUUGUCAUACGAGGCGUCAGCGUAUAGAAUAGGACCUCGCCCAAAUAAAGGCCACCUGGUAUCAUGCACGCCGUAGAAUGGAGAAGUCUGUGGGCUUAUCGUGACCAACGCUGCUUAAUACAGAGGACCGGCUACAACGCCAAUUCGUCGGCACU